CUGUAAUCAUCAAACACAUUGACCAACCGUCUCAGAAGGAAUACCACUUGCUCAGGUUGAACUGCUCAGCGGGGAAGAUUGCUCUAGCCCAGGACGAACACAAUGGACUCUAGGCGCUCAAGUAGACCGAGCAACUUGAGCUCCGGUCAGCCAAGACACCCGAAAUCCAGCGGGAGAUUCGGCGAACGCUCCCAUUGCGUCACAACAUCGGGCAACGAGAGGCAACGAGAGGUUCCCCAGGGCCGUAGCGGCUACAACCGGACUCGCGACCAAGGCGUCUCGCCCAAGGGACGAUCCGGAUACAACUAGACAGGCGGUCGUCGAGCUGCAUCGCCAACUUUGGGCGAUCAGGGACCGGCUCAUAUGACGAACAUAAAGAGUAGAAGAUAUAGAGGUUAGACAACCGUUGGUAGACAGACAGAGACAGGACACGGAUGGCU